CUUUGUAAUAUCUAAUACCACCCGCAGUCGCUCGUUUGUCUGCAGAUACGGCAAGGACUUAUCUACCAGGAUCACCAUAUACUCUCGUUGUUACUCCAGGAGUCGGUCGUUUUUUCAUAUCAGCAAGCAACUAAGGAUAUCGCAAGGACACAAUGCGCGCCGCUACUCUUGCUCUGGGGGCCCUGUCCCUUGGCCUGGCUCAGGCAUGGACGUAUCCUGAAUGUGACCCUGACAACUGUUACAAUGAGAUGACGGACGGGCGGUUCUACGCCCAGGCCAAGGAGUUUUGUCCCGGGUUUUUGGAUGGAAGCGUUAAGAACAUCCCGGAUUAUCUCGAGAACUGCAACAACGAUCGCACGGCUGUUAGCUCUGCCUGCUCCUGCGUCACCUAUACCGCAACUCACACGACCGAGGCCCCUACCACCAUGACCAGUGUUCCUCCCAUGACGACUACGACCACGGACGAUGAUUCAGAUUGUGAGGAUGAGACUUCAACGGACGUAACUGUGCCGCCCUCGUCCUCGGCGGCCGUCAGCGUUCCUCCAUCGUCUUCCGCCACCAUCACCCUUCCGCCUUCUUCCUCGGCGGUUAGCACCUCGGCGCCCGCUUCUUCUAGCACCACCGAUGAUGACUGCGAUGAGACUUCUUCGGAUGUUACUCUCCCGCCCUCUUCCUCGGCGACCGUCAGCGUUCCACCCUCUUCUUCGGCCACCGUCAGCGUUCCGCCCUCUUCUUCGGCCACCAUCACCGUUCCUCCCAGCUCCAGCUCCGCGGUUAGCAGCUCCGCUCCUGUCUCUUCUACUACCGAUGAGGGUUGCACAGACGACGAGCCCGAGACUUCGACUUCGGUUGUGGUCGUUCCCUCUUCGUCCGUCCCCGUCACCAUCACUUCCGCGGCCCCCGUCUCCUCCACCACUUCGGCCCAGGAGUCCGAUACCACCGAGUGGACGACCAGCACCAUCGUCACCACCACCACCCGCACCAUCACUCAGUGCCCCGUCACCGUGACUAACUGCCCUGCUCACUCCACCACCGUGACCACGGAGACCAUCACCAUCGGCACCACCGUCUGCCCCGUUACUUCCACUCCUGAGUCCUCGGUCCCGGUUACCGCCACCUCCUCGGUUCCCGUCACCGUCAUCCCCAGCGUGACUUCCUCGAUCCCAGUUACCAUCACUUCCGCUGCGCCUGUGUCCUCGACCUCGGCUGCUCCCGUCGAGUCUUCUUCCGAAUCCUCCAUCGAGUGGACCACCAGCACCAUCGUCACCACCACUACUCACACUAUCACCAAGUGCCCCAUCACCGUCACGGAUUGCCCGGCUCACUCGACUACCGUCACCACCGAGACUAUCACUAUUGGCACCACCGUUUGCCCUGUUGAGCCUACUUCCUCCUCGGUUCCCGUUACCAUUCCCAUCGUCGCCUCCUCGGUCCCUGUUACCAUGCCCAGCUUUACCUCGGCUGCUCCCGUCAUCAGCUCUAGCGCCGUCGUCGUCGUCCCCCCUCCCGUUGUUUCCAGCUCUAGCGCUGUCCACAGCGUCACCACCUCAGCCACCGGCCACGUCUCUGUUCCCCCUGUUCCCAGCAGCUCCAGCGCCGUUGUCGUUCCUCCCCUGUUCCUAGCAGCUCUUCCGCUCCGGCUGUUUCUGCUCCUCCCGCCGUCAGCUCCUCCGCUCCUGCCGUCUCCGCUCCUCCCGCCCCGGUCAGCAGCAGUGUCGGCACCAUCAGCUCCGUCGUCCUACCCAGCUCCAGCGCUAUUCCGCCCCCGCCUGUGCCGGCUGGCGCUAAUGCUGCGGCGAGGAACGGGUUGUUGGGUGUUGCGGGGUUGGUGUUCGCUCUUCUUUAAGAGGGAUACCUACCUGGUAUCUUAAGCUAAAGAGCGUGGAUCUACGAAACCUACAAUGUGGAGGAUGAAUUUAUGAUUUUGGAUAUAUGAAGGAUUAGGAUUUGAUUGAUUGAUUGAUUGGUUGAUGGACAUACAUGCUUAGCAUAACAUGACAUAACAUAACAUAAUUCACUUCUUGUUUAUACUUGGAAUAAACGGUGUUUAUCAACUUCCUAGUUUUCUCUUUUGCGUAUCAGUGAGCCAGCGCACCUUGCAUUGCGAGACUACUAUCCUAAUCAUCACUGAAAUUAUUGUAGCCAUAAUCUCGGAUCGUUGCGUCGGUGCCUAACAUCUACUACUCUGUGUGCCCUUCCUUGCACUUGGAGACACUUCUGAGUUAUCUGCCAACUCAACUUUCAAACCACGAACUCACAACAAACAG